AUGAAAACCUGGGCUAAGAACAUCCUGGAGAAGUUUCCCAAAUGGCUCAAGCAUGGCAGCAAGCUGGAAUAUGGCUUGGUGAGCCUGCUGACCGCAGGCGGAGAGCGCAUCUUCUCCACUGCAAUAUUCCAGUGCCCCUGCCACCCCACCUGGAACCUGCCCUAUGGCAUGGUCUUCCUGCUGGUGCCUGCACUGGCGCUUUUCCUCCUGGGCUACGUGCUGAACACACGCACCUGGCGCCUGAUGACCGGCUGCUGCAGGUGGGACCGCAGCCAGUCGUGCACCUGUGGGUGCCAGAACUGCAAGAAGUUCCUGUGGAUCAGUGCCAACGCUUUGGUUGCCCCUCUCACCUGGGUGGCUGUGGGGCUGCUUGGGGGCACUUUCUACGAGUGCUCCGCCAGCGGGAUCCCCUCCUUAGCAAGGCGCUUGUGCCUUGGCCGCAGAGACAACUGCUCCACGUUAAUGCCCAAGUUGCCCUGUCUGGAAGCCAACUGCUCCAUGUUGAUGCCCAAGAUACACUGUCUGCGGAACAAAGAUUGGGACCUGCAGGACCUCCUGAAGGUGCUCAAGGCCCAGUCACAGGUGGCUGGCUGGAUCCUGAUAGCUGUGGUUAUCCUCAUUCUAAUGAUUGGUACAUCUAUACACUAUUGCAGAUCUCCAGUUAGUUUUUGGCAGUUGAAAUUUAAGAACAUCUAUGUGAUUGAGGAGAAGAAGAGCCUUACAAAAGAAUCCAGAAAGAAUGCAACUGAAUUGGCAAAUGAGAAUGUUAAAUGUUUCUUUGAGGGCUCACGUCCACAUCACAAGACUCCAAGUGGUCAAGACUGGAAAACUAUUUCACCACUCUAUACUUUGAAUUCAGAGGAGCCAUACUAUAGCAUGUUGCAGAAAUAUGUUAACACGAGAAAGAUGGGCGAUGUGGCUUCUACUUUUAAUGUAGAAGAGGCACAAGUUUAA